CGCAGACGUGGCAAAUGUCCUAAAAUCCUUUCUCCAGAGAAUUUACGCUCUGAAAAGAGUAAAGAAUCUACAAGUAUUGAAUCGUUUAAUAUCGAACUGACGGCAGCUACGUCAGUCCGUAGUAUACCGCUGGGUAAAUCAUUGACAGGCCGAUGAAAUAAAUUUAUAAUAUUUGUAUAUUUGCAUAUGCAAGUAAGAUUUUACAUUGUUGCUAAAUUCUUAGUAAAAAUGGUAUUGUAGGUUAACGAAUUAGCCUUGACCGUAGGGAUGGGGGGAUUUUCAAAAUUCAAAUGUUCGAGUAUGUCCGGUGAUGAGCAAAUAAAAAUAAACUAAAUUUUUGGAAUGCCAAAAGCAUCUCGUAAGAUGAACAGUUUCUUAUUGACCACAAUUAAUCAGACUAGCAACAAUUUGCCGCAAUCCCUGCAGUAUAAACAGCUAGAGGAGCAAAGAAUUUUGAAGUUUUCGCGCUGAAGAAAACCGUAAAAUGACAUUCAACAAUCUUGUUUAUUGGUAUCAAAAAAAAAUUGGCACGUACGAUAAGCAGCAAUGGGAAAAAACAAUAGAACAAAAAAUAUUUUAUGGUUUCACUCAUGUUCCCAUGAGAACGGCAAAACUCAAAACAGAAUUUAUCGAUGUUGAUCUUGUUAGAGGCUCGUCUUUUCCAAAAGCUAAACCAAAGCACAGACUUGGUACGAUUAUUUAUCUUGCCAUUCAGAGGUUACUAUUUUUACCAUUUAAUGCGCAUUGGUGGAUUCAACAAACAAGUCCCCGCAUUUACAUAUUCUUUUUACUUCUUUAUGGACUUCAAAUAUUGAAUAUUUAUAUAUAUUUUAAUCAUUUCCUUAAAGAAAUUGAAUCCGAGAUUGUUUCAAUGUCAGAAGUGUUAAUACCUGGAGUUAUGAUGCUAACGUUAUGCAUGGUGCAUUCACAAAUUGUUUCUACAAACUGUGCUCCGCUAAUAUCCAAAAAAUAUGAAAGACAACGAAUUCGUCAUUCUAGACAUGGUCGAUCACGUGCUAAUAAAACGAGAACAAGAAGAAAUAUUUUCGACAAUAAAGAGUCUAAAGCUGCUCAAAAUUCAACAUUAGAGAAAACAAAUGUGCUAGAAACUGAAGUAUCUCCUUCGGUUAGAUUUGCUAAAAAAAUAAUUAUCGAAACAUCUCCGAUAGCCAGUACAUCGGAUCAAAUAUUAGAAUUUAAUACAUCGCUAAGUGAUAGUAGACAAAAUUCAAUAACGAGUCUUCAACAUUUUAUUGAAGCUGAAAAAUUGGAAGAAAUAGAAGAACUAGUUUCCGUAGUUAAUUUGGAAAGCAAUCAGGAGAAUGAUGACGUCGUUCAUCAUCAAGAUGAUGAUGGCUUUGAGAGUUUAAAUGGUAAUGUUUCAAGUGAUAACGAUCGCGAUCAAAUGAAAAUAGAAAAUAAAGAGAAAGAAGUGACUGAGAACGAAGCAACGGCACAAGAACAUUCUCAUUGUGAUCUGACUGCACCUGAAGUAUCGGUAAAACGCGAAGAAUUUCACGAUAGCGAAGAAGAUGAAUGUGAUAGCCCAGACAGCAAUCGUCUUUCAAUUCAAAGUUCAAGGGAUGAUAGAAAAGAGAGUGCAAGCGAAGAGGAAGGAGAAUGCGAAGAAACAAUUACAAACCAUUUGAUCGAGGCAACGACUUCAGCUACAGAAUGGAUGGGAGUUACGACAAACAGUGACGAAUGUAGUUAUAGUUCUGAAAUUGAAGAAUCAGAUCGUCAUAGUGAAGCUGAUGCAAAUGGAGAGUAUAUAGAACAUCCGUUUUCAUGGGAAUUCGAAUUACCUUCUUCAACUAUUUUAAAUUCAAAUUAUACUUCAUCUGAUCGAGUAUCGUGCACAAUAUGGACCCAUCGAGAUGUAAAGAAAGCUGAACUUUCAGUGUUCGAUAUUAGUUCAGCAAUAAUUGCAAGAGUAGAGUCAAUGCCUGAAAGUAUGGAUUAUUUUUAUAGUGGAUUUAUUCUUGCUAUUGUGUUAUCUUUGGUGCCUUGUCUGAGACGUUUGAGUGAUCAUUUUGGAGUGGAUUUUGUUAAUAAUAGUUCCUCAAUAAAUACUGAAUUAUCGUUAGUUACUUCAGAAACAUUCUCGGAUUUGAUUUGCAAAAUACUUAACAUUGCAUUUGGAUCAUCGUUAUUGGAUCGAACAAUGAUUUUAUCAUCGGCACUUGAACGACUUGUUUUAGCAUGUUUAUUAUUUUUUCUAUUGGUAGUAGCUGAAAGAACAUAUAAACAGCGAUUGCUCUAUGCAAAAUUUUUUUCACACUUAACAUCAUCUAGACGAGCAAGAAAAUCUGAUUUACCACAUUUCCGAUUAAAUAAAGUUAGGAAUAUAAAAACGUGGCUCAGUAUUAGAUCAUAUUUAAAGAGAAGAGGCCCACAAAGAUCUGUCGAUGUUAUUGUAUCUUCAGUAUUUAUGAUUACCUUAGCUUUAUUAUCAUUUGUUUCAUUAGAAUUAAUAAAAGACCUUGAUAGUUUACACUGUCAUUAUAACAUUGAGGCUUUAUUUUGGAGCUUCGCACUCGGUAUAUUUAUUUUAAGAUUUAUGACACUCGGCACAAAAAUUAAUAAAAAAUAUAGAAACAUUUCCAUUUUGAUUACCGAACAGAUAAAUCUUUAUUUACAAAUUGAACAAAAACCUCAUAAAAAAGACGAACUCAUGGUUGCUAAUAGUGUUCUAAAAUUAGCAGCUGAUUUAAUUAAAGAGCUUGAAAGUCCAUUUAAAAUUUCUGGUUUAUCAGCAAAUCCAUAUUUGUAUACAAUUACAAAAGUUGUAUUGUUAUCUGCUUUAUCUGGAGUUCUUUCAGAAUUACUUGGCUUUAAAUUGAAACUUCAUAAAAUCAAAAUUAAGUGA